CUGUGCUUAGAGGAGUCAGGGAGUAACGAGAAAGCCUGAGUAACGCGGUUAGAAUAAGUUAGAAUACAGUGUGUGUUUGUACUCGGAUACAAGUGUUAGUUUUGUAACUUUACUUAAGUUUUUUUUUUUUUUAGGAGAACCUGGACGUCGUGAGUUAACUUGAGAAACUUUUUUUUUUUUUUUUUUUGAAAGAGUUAAAGAGUUGAUCUACUUUUACCACUCACGUUGUUACGUAAACAACUUUAUCAACUUGAACGUGGCUGAUUAUGUCAGCAUCAUCAUCAUCAUCAGCCGAGGCCAGCUCAUCCCAGCAGCAGCGGGUUAAACACAGCGGCUCCCCGACUGGCUCUUCAUGUAGCAGCAACACCAACACCAACAAAAACACCAACACCGCCACCACGGUCCGGUUGCAGCCUAUCCGCGCUACGGUGCCGUACCAGCUUUUGCAUGGGAAUCAGCACAGCCCAACCCGCUCCGUUUCCUCCUCCUUCUCAGUAGCCGGGAGCAACACAGGACCGACGACGUCCCGUUGCUCCAGUCCCGCCAACCCGGGUGGAAGCGGCUCGGACGGUAGGCUGGUCCCCAGGCAGAAGCUCUCACCGCCGGACAGCAGGAGCUCACCUGAACGCCCACCACACUCGCCUCUUUCUAAAGUUGAAAGGACAAAGUCCCAGCAGGUGCGGAGCUCAGGGGCCAUUUGGCAGACUUCCUCCCUGGGCACUAUCACUGGGCCCUACCUCACCGGGCAGUGGCCUCGUGACCCCCAUGUGCACUAUCCAUCUUGUAUGAAAGACAAAUCCACACAGACUCCUGGAUGUUGGAGUGAGGAAACAGGAGAGAAGAGGAGCACCCACCAGCGCUCUGCGUCCUGGGGCAGCGCUGACCAGCUCAAAGAGCAGAUCGCGAAGCUCCGGCAGCAGCUCCAGCGCAGUAAACAAGGAGGGCGUCACAGUAAAGACAAGGACCGACUGUCCCCCCUCCAGUACAACACCGUCACCUACACCGCCCUCACCAGCACUACCAACCACACCUCCACAACCAGCCACGCUCAGUUUUCCAUGUCGAAGUCGGCCCAGAUGCCGCUGUCCAACAUCACAGUGCCAAAGCCCUCCAUCUCCAGGGUGCCCAGCAGCAUGGAGGGCAUCAACCAUGAGCUGGAGAAGGUCUUCAUCAAAGACAACGGGGAGAAGGAGGAGUUAAAGUCCCUGGAGGUUCCUGACGGACGGCGGGCACCCUUCCCUCCGCAGCAGCGCAGCAGCAGCACCCGCAGCGUGGACACCCAGACUCCCUCAGCCCCCGGCAGGUCCAGCAGCUGCUCCAGCCUGUCGCCUUGCCCCUCGCCCGCCUGCCCACCAGGAUCGCACGACGGCAGUCCUUACUCCACGGAGGAUCUACUGUAUGACCGGGAUAAAGACAGUGGAAGCAGCUCACCGUUGCCCAAGUUUGCCUCCUCGCCCAAACCCAACAACAGUUACAUGUUCAAGCGAGAGCCGCCAGAGGGCUGUGAGAAGAUUAAAGCUUUUGAGGAGAUGAGCUCCAGGCAGUCCACAUCUGCAUCAGUACCCCUCUUCUCCUGCCCCGACAAAAACAAGGUCAACUUCAUCCCAACGGGCUCGGCGUUCUGCCCCGUCAAACUCCCCGGCUCCCUGCAGCUCACCCCGGCCUCUGAGCCCGAGGAGGACGAAGACAACGCAGGCGCAGAGGCAGGCUCCGCGUCAGAGGCCCAGGGGGCCACGUUGCUCUACGGCGCCCCCACUCAGGUCUCCACGAGCACCAGCACAGACGACCCCCCGGAGGAACCCGGCUCGCCCUCAGAGACUGCAGACCCCCAGACAGACAGCCCGGCCAUCAGCUAGACCUGAGCAGAGCUGGCCUCUGGCUCCGGGAUCCACGCUAGCGACCACCGAUCAUCACCACUGACUGUCCCACCAACACCUCCCUCUGCUCUGCCAGGGGGAGCCUCCGUCUCUCUGUGCUGACCCCCUCCACCCCCCCCAUCUCUGCAUGACGUAGCAACAAUGUCCCGAAUAACCACCACCGCCACCACAAAGACUCGCCACCUUAAUGUUCUGUCCUGCGUAAUGUCUGAGCUGUCGUUGGCAGGGAAGGACCUGAUGGUUAAAGGUUAUCAUAUGCAGGCAUCGGAGGGAAGAAAGGAGCACUAUGGAUGGGGGGAGGGGCAUGCAUUUUAAACUGGUAGUAUAUUUCUGAUUAAAUUAUGUGUUGUGUUCUGUUUCAACAUUCACAGUAUGAAUAAGCUCUAACAUAUAUAUAUACACAUAUAUCUCUAUGAAAAGAAAGAAAAAUGCUUGUUUUAAAAAACAAAAACAAACAAAAAAAAAAAUCCCAAACUGUAUUGCUGUGUUAUGUACCGAACAGGAAAAAAAAAAAAACAGCUGUACUAUUCAGGAUUAUGUUUACACUAUCCAGGUCACAUUGUUAAACCCUCUCUCUCCAGAAAAAAAAGA